AAUUGGCUUUGUUGAUGAUGGAUGAGGAGGAGGAAAGGAGUCACUUCAAUUAUGACAAAAUUGUAGAACAGCAGAACCUGAGCAAAAGGAAAAAGAAGCUGCUAAUGAAGAAGGAGGAACUGGUGACAGAUGACUUCCAGGUAAAUGUUGAUGAUGCCAGGUUUCAAGCCAUGUAUACUUCCCAUUUGUUUAAUUUGGAUCCUUCUGAUCCAAACUUUAAGAAAACAAAAGCAGUGCAAAAGAUUUUAGAGGAGAAAGCUCGCCGAAGGCACCAGGGGUCAACUGAGGCAAAGGGAAAGCAGGACAAUGUGGCAGAGGAGGAACCUGUUGCCACAAAAACUCUAGAUCCUGCGUUGUCGAUGUUAAUCAAAUCCGUCAAGAAUAAAACAGAACAGUUUCAAGCAAGAAAGAAACAGAAAGUUAAGUAAGUUGACUGAAGAGUUUGAAGAUGAAGUGGAUUUUCAAAGAAGAUACAAUUUAUUUUAGGUUAAAAAACGAUACUGGGUUUUUGGACCUUUCUUCACCUUUUCUUCCAAUUCAAGUUCAAUGCUUAUAAAAAUCUUGCCAGAGGAAUUGCAAAUGGAACUUAUUUCGGCUAUAUUUAAAAAUGAGAUUGUUUUCGUUUCCACAUAACAUGAUGUGGACAUGGUUCGUGAACAUUUUUAAAUGGGGAAAAUAUUUUGGAUAUUUGUAAUCAUAAUAAAAUGGAUUAAAUAGAAA